AUGUUGAUGUCAAGCGCGUCGAGUUGGGUUGGGAGGAAGCCUGUAAGACGCGGAGGCGGAAUGUCUACUGCUUUGUCAAUUGCAAAUGAUCUUGGUUUCUCGGUGUCUACACCUUCAUUCCAGAAUUCAUCUCGAGCAACUGAGGAAAAUGGUGAGGACUUGAUCAAGGUUUUGAGAGAACUAACCACUGUUCAAAAAAAUAUAGCAGAAUUGCAAAUUGAACUCUACGGUCGAAAGGAUGAUGAAACUUUUGGAUAUUUGACACAUGUGAGUGAAAUGGAGAAGAAGAUUGAGACAUUGUCAAGGAUUACUUCUAUUCUCAAAGAUUUUAUUCAGAAUAAGAAUCGCAUGAUAGCUCGUCUGCAGCAGCAGCCAUAUUCCCUAGAUUACAUUCCUGUUGAAGUAGAAUUUCAGAAACAAUUCUCUGAACUACUGAUGAAGGCAGCUAGGGACUAUGGCACCUUGACAGCACCUGUGGCAGAUUUUCAUUGGAUUCAGAAUUUUAAGGAGCCUCUUUCAGUGUGGGGGGAAAUGCUUCGACCUAUUCCUGUAGCUUUGGCAUAUUGCACUCGCUACUUUGAAGCCAUGUCUGCCACAAGAGAAUCAUUUGCAGCUCUUCAAAAACUAAGAGAGGCCAAUUUUGAUUCUUCUCUACCCAGGACACCCAUAAGUGAUUCUUCUCAAAUACUACGUGGUGUUUCUGAUUGUCUUACUCCAUUUACAUCACAAUAA